AUGGUCAAUCACACAGCCACAAUGGAAUUCUGUCUCAUGGAAUUCUCUGACUCCAGGGAGCUCCAGGUUCUACAGGGGUCUCUGUUCCUGUUGAUUUACUUGGUGACUCUCAUGGGGAAUCUCAUCAUUAUUAUUCUGAUCACCACAGACCCUGCACUCAAAACUCCCAUGUACUUCUUCCUAAAACAGUUGUCCUUCUUUGACCUCUGUCUCAUUUCUACCAUAGUCCCCAAAUCCAUUCUCAACUCCCUGUCCAGCAGGAACAGCAUUUCUCUUCCAGGGUGUUUGAUGCAGGUCUUCCUGGUGAUCCACUUUGCAGGGUCUGAAGUCUUCCUGCUCACAGCCAUGUCCUACGACCGCUAUGUGGCCAUCUGCCACCCCCUGCACUAUGAUAUCAUCAUGAGUAGAACAGUCGAUAUGCGCAUGGUUGUGGCCUCCUGGUGCCUUGGGGGUUUCUUUGGAGGCUUAUAUGCAGGAGGCACAUUCUCUUUAUCUUUCUGUAGCUCCAAAAAUAUUCCUCAGUUUUUCUGUGAUGUUCCUUCAUUAUUAAAGAUCUCUUGUUCUAAGGAUCACACAGCUAUUAAUGUCAGUGUGGCAUUUGGGGUACUGUAUGGGUUUCUCUGCUUACUUGCUAUUUUUGGGUCCUAUGUUUACAUCUUCAAUACAGUUCUAAGUAUGCCCUCUGUGCAGGGCAGGUCCAAAGCCUUCUCCACCUGCCUGCCCCAUCUUGUAGUGGUCUUCACCUUCCUCCUCACUGGAGCUAUUGCCUACUUGAAGCCAGUUCCUGAGUCCCCUUCACUUCUAGACUUGCUUCUUUCUGUGCUCUAUUCAGUGCUGCCCCCCAGCCUGAACCCACUCAUCUAUAGCCUGAGGAAUAAGGAUAUCCAGGCAGCACUGAGAAAGUUCCUCUGGAAACAUGAGGGGAAUUUGAAAUAG